AGAAAAGUCGUAUUUUUGUCGCGUUCCCUUUGUGUGUCUUUUCUCCAUUGGCAGUGUUGUUGGAAAAAUAUUCUCCAUCAGUGCGGUUGCAUUGCCCUGACAAAAGGAUUACUUCCUCGACUGAAGAGUGUCGUGUGCUGGAUAACCCCUUCAACAGCCUCGGCAAGACAGCAAACACAGGCACCCGAGCAGUCUAAGCGAGAGGAUUGCUCGAAGAGGUACAGGCAGAGUGCUUUUCACCUUAUUGGCUUUGGUCGAAUGCUGGUUCUUCGUGGAAAGUUCGCAGCUUAGUGUUCGGUCGGGUCGUGUUUUUACAAAGAUAGUACGGAAAAUUAGCCAUCCAUUUACUACCCCUAGUCCAUGUGUAUAGUGUAAUUGUUUAUUUACCAGUAGUGGAGACGUGGUGCUUUGUAGGAAGAGCUUCUUCGAGAUUUAUAAAGGAAGAUUUUUGCUAUUUAUCAGAAUCUCGUGCAGUGAAAGGUGCAAAUAAGAGGCCGAGACUGAGCAUUAUUGUUUUUUUCGGUAGUGGCUGGUGCCGCAGAAGUGGGUGGUGAAAUUUGACCCCGAAUGUGGCGUGCGGAAAUGAUUGCAUAAGUUCUUUUGUUCUCAGCAGCAUAAUCGUGCACAAAAGUGGAAAAGAAAUACAUAAUCCAGUGGGAAAAAAAACGAAGGAAAAAUCGAUUGAAGUGUGUUUUCUUUUCAAGUGAUUCUGAGAAGCUUCAAGUGCUGAUAGCUAUAAAAGGAUCAGAAGAAAAUUCAAUAGUCUUUCUUUGUUAUUAUUAGUGCGUUCAGAUUGCAUUAGCGAAGUGAUUGUGCGUGCUGUCCCGGGUCGGGUCUGAAUGUUGAAAAUGUCCUCGAUAUCCGCUCAAGGAGUGGUUGAGCGUGCCUCGGCCGAGCUUUCAAAGCGCAUCAACGGCCUUGGGCUGCGGUCGAAGCACCAUCAUAGCAGCGGAAGUAGUAAAUCUGGAGAGAAGACAAGUGUGAUGGAACGCGUCACAAAUGUGCUCUGCGGUGGUUCCAGUAGCAAUAAUGCUGCACAAUCGGCCAAUGCCGGAGGUGCUCCGGAGAAACCAUCUCGAAUAUCGGGAGGCUCUACUGGAAGUGUAUCAAACAGCGGGAAGAGUUCUUCAAGCAGUAAAUCUCAGUCUAAUACGCCUCAAACUACUCGUAAGAUAGCACAUCAUCAUCAGCAUCACAGUGGUGGCGGUAAUAUGAACCAUCAUGGAUCGCAUAUGCAUAGUGGAAAAAUGAUUGCAGCUGCUCCUCUGCCACCCCAGAUUGUAACGAUCGAGCAACUGUUGCAGGAUGAACGCUUUCUGAAUCGCUUCUUCCUAUACUUUUCGUCGUUUGAACGGUGCACAUUAGCUCAGGUUUGCCAGAAGUGGCGUGACAUGUUAUACCGUUCGCCACGCUAUUGGAGUGGCCUAGUUCCGGUUCUGUUGUGUCGUGAACUGCGUCUCACCUCAAACCAGGAUCGUGUUAAGCUUUACAAUUCGCUGAUACGUCGCAGUUUUCACGCUGUGUGUUUGAUGGGAGCCACAGAUGAAGACGCCUUGGAUCUUGUGCACUCGUUCCCGCUUGCUUCAAAACACGUGCAUUCGCUCAGUUUACGAUGCUCAUCGAUCAGUGACCGAGGACUGGAAGCUUUGCUGGAUCAUUUACAGUCCCUAUUUGAACUGGAGCUAGCCGGGUGCAAUGAAAUCACCGAAGCUGGGCUUUGGGCCUGCCUAACGCCUCGGAUAGUGUCCCUAUCGCUAGCGGAUUGCAUAAAUGUAGCAGACGAAGCGGUCGGAGCUGUAGCACAACUGUUGCCUUCACUGUACGAAUUUUCUCUGCAGGCGUACCACGUAACUGAUGCAGCCCUUGGUUAUUUUUCACCCAAACAAAGCCACAGCCUAAGCAUCUUGCGGUUACAAUCCUGCUGGGAACUGACCAACCACGGAGUAGUAAAUAUCGUACAUUCGCUGCCCCAUCUAACAGUAUUAUCGCUCUCUGGGUGCAGUAAAGUGACGGACGAUGGCGUAGAGUUGAUUGCGGAGAACCUGCAGAAGCUACGUGCGCUUGACCUAUCCUGGUGUCCGCGGAUAACGGACGCUGCCCUCGAGUACAUUGCCUGUGAUCUGAACCAGCUGGAGGAACUGACUCUCGAUCGUUGCGUCCACAUAACCGACAUCGGUGUCGGCUACAUUUCGACGAUGCUCUCCCUGUCGGCCCUAUUUCUUCGCUGGUGCACGCAAAUCCGCGACUUUGGCCUGCAACAUCUGUGUUCGAUGCGCAACCUCCAAGUCCUGUCGCUGGCCGGUUGCCCCCUACUCACCUCUUCCGGCCUAUCUAGUCUGAUACAGCUACGCCAUCUACAGGAACUGGAACUGACCAACUGUCCGGGAGCAUCGCAUGAACUGUUCGACUACCUAAGGGAGCACUUGCCGCGCUGUUUGCUAAUUGAAUAAUUAAUCGAAUCGUCGUUCAGUUGGUUGAAGUCGUUUCUGUUGUGUUUUCUUGUAAUCCUUAUGUGAAUAGACGGCAACCGUGUUUGGAACUGUUUUGAUAAUCGUUAGAAUAUCCAGUAAAUCUAUACGGAGAUUAGUGGAAAAUAAAAGCAAGUAACUUUACCUGAAGCAAGCAGAACCUACGCAUCGCUAAAAUUAAGACAAAAUGCAAGUGAUUAAGGAUAA